GUGACUAUGGUAUGAUGAAUGAGAAAACGAUAUUUCAACAAACACUUGUCCAACCACGUAAAACAGAGAAGUCCUGCAUAGAAUCUUAAUAUAUAGAACGUUGUCAAAAAUAUUGGAACAGAUGAUUCUCUUUACAGUUCUGGUAGCCUUUUUUGUACUAGGCUCAUGCAAGGAAGAGGCUGAUUAUAAAAAAGAAUGCUACAUACGAGGCCCACAAUUUUGGUGUAAAGAUGAAAUUACUGCCAAACAAUGUCAAGCUACAGCCUACUGUGCAGAGCAUGUAUGGCCAAAACAACAAACAAAGAGCAAUGGUAUAUGUGAAGAUUGUGAGCAACUAGUUGGAACUCUUCACAAGCUUCUGGCUGAUAAAUCAACACAAGCUGAAAUUUUAGGAGGGAUAAAAGCAGCAUGUUCCAUUUUACCAACUACUUACCAAGCUUUAUGUCAAGAAGCUGUAACUUUAUAUGGGCAGCAAGCUAUCAAUGUUUUGGUACAGUAUACAGCAAAUACCAAACAACUGUGUACCAUGAUUGGUUUAUGUAGUUCUAAAAAGUCUCAUGCAAGUACCUUGAAGCUUAAUGUUCUAAAGGCAGUUGUAUAUAAAAAGAGUAAUGACCUUUGUACAACAUGCCAAAAAUACGUUGGAACCGUUCACUUGUUAAUUGCUAAUAAUGAAACACAAGCUGAAAUUUUGGUGGGAAUGAAAGCUUUAUGCUCUGUUCUUCCAACUGCUUACCAACCUGCUUGUCAAGAGGUUGUUACACUUUAUGGACAACAAAUCAUUAAUAUGUUAGUGCAGUACACCGCUAAUCCAAAGCAGUUUUGCUCUUUGAUUGGUUUAUGUAAUUCAACCACAUUGAACAUUGAGCGAUUCCAGAUGAUUAAGAAAUUAAUUGGUGUCAAAACCAACACUGAUUAUUGUUUAACUUGUCAACAAUACCUUGGCACUCUUCACAUGUUGAUUGCAAACAAUGCAACACAAGCUGAAAUAUUGAAUGCAUUGAAGUCUGCAUGCAGUUUAGCACCCUCCACAUUUGCAACUGAGUGCAAUGCUCUCGUCACUUUGUAUGGACCAACAUUAAUCAAAUGGCUUGUCAGUUACACAGCUGAUCCAAGUAAAUUCUGUACAAUGAUUGGCUUAUGCAAGGGGCAUUCAUCUAUUCCAAUUGUUGGACAACGUCCUGCAAGUGGUGUAUUACAGUUCCAUCGUGAAUACCCCAAAUUACAAGACUUGGAGCACCAUCAUCCUCUCAGCACCGACCCCAUUUGCGAUCUUUGUUUGAGCACUGUUGAAUCUCUUCGAGAGGCCUUAAAAGAUAAUUUUACAAGAGAAGUGGUCCUCGAUUCAUUUGAAAAUCUUUGCUCCUUUCUGCCUCCAGCUUUUUUUUCUGUUUGCAUGGCAUACAUGGUCAACACAGUUCCAAAAUAUUAUGAUGAACUUAUCAGAGAACUUCAGCCAAACAAAACGUGUGUGUAUCUGACUUUGUGCGCCUCUAAUCCUAAAAGUGAAUCAAGAAAAAACUUCGUUCAGUUUUCACCAGUCUGCUCUUUGUGUAAAUAUGGUGUUUCCCAACUGCACUUGUUCUUAAACAAAAAUUCAACAACAAAAGCAAUUGCGUCGUUAUUAGAUAGUGGCUGUGGUCUUUUACCUUCUCCGUUGAAUGGACAAUGCAAGGCUUUUGUUGAUAUCUAUGUACCUUCCAUCUUGUAUAUUUUGGCAUGGGAGACUUCCAAUUCAUCAUUUGUCUGUCAAAAGUAUCAUCUUUGCACUUCUAUAGAAUAUCAGAAGGAGAUGUUUAAGGAAGUAGAAAAGAAAAGUCAGCCAUCAAACACGGUUACUUGUGAAGUUUGCACAGUUGCCAUGGGAUACUUAGACGAUAUUUUAAAAGAUCAAACAACAGAAGCUGCAGUGAAGAAAGGUUUAGACGAGUUGUGCGCCUAUUUACCACCAUCUCUAAAAUCUGAGUGCACCAGUCUAGUUGACCAGUAUGCAGAUGAAAUCAUCAAACUGAUUGUUUCAAAAGUUGCUAAUCCUGCUCAAGUUUGUAAGGAAUUGGGAUUGUGUACAUCGCAGAAAAAAGCCAUUCCAGUUGUUAAGACGCCAACUAAUAAUGCUGUCACGUGUGAAGUUUGUACUGUCGCAAUGGGCUACCUGGAGGGUAUUUUAAAGGGCAAGCGAACUGAAGCAGCUGUUAAAGAAGGUCUAGAUAAAUUGUGUGGAUAUCUACCAACUUACUUGCAAGUAGAUUGCUCGAACUUGGUGAGCCAGUACACAGAUGAAAUCAUUAAUCUACUGGUUAAUGAACUUGCUGAUCCAGCUAUUGUUUGCAAGGAAAUAAAACUAUGCAGCGCAAGCAAAGGUGUCGUUAAGUCUCAGCCUGGAAAUCCAAUUACCUGCGAAGUUUGCACUGUUGCCAUGGGCUACCUUGAAAAUUUGUUAAAGGGGAACCAAACAGAGGCUGCUGUAAAAGCAGCUUUGGAUAAAGUUUGUAGUCUGCUGCCUUCCGAAGUUCAAAGCGAGUGCACCACCUUGGUAAAUGAGUACGCUGAUGAGAUUGUUCGGAUCAUCGUUGCGGAAUUGGGCGAUCCUAAAACUGUGUGCACGGAAAUUGGAUUGUGCUCUUCAAAAAAACGAAAGAUAGCGAAACAGUCGGUUGCCGGUAGCGUGACUUGUGAAUUUUGUACGUUUGCCAUGGGGGAACUUAGUUCCCUUCUCAAGGAUAAGUCGACGGAAGCCGAAAUUAAACAAGCUUUGGACUCUCUGUGUGGAAGACUACCACAAUACCUUAGUGGCGAAUGCAAAACUUUGGUGGAUGAAUAUGCCGAUGUGAUUAUUACUGUGUUAGCUCAAGAAAUGGAUCCAUCCGUUGUGUGUAAGACAAUAGGCUUGUGUAAGGCGGAAAAAGGAAAAGCCAACCGAAAAUACAUGUUAGCCAUGCGACUAUCGUUAAAGGGAGUAUCUUGCGAAGCUUGUGAGUUCGCGAUGGGAUACCUUGAUGGCUUGUUGACUAAAAAUUCAACGGAGGCUGAAAUUGAGACUGUUGUAGAAAAGUUGUGUGGAGAGCUACCACAAGCCUUCAAAAAUGAGUGUGACGCCCUGAUCACAGAAUAUGGCAAUGAAUUGAUCAAACUUAUCGUUCAACAGAUCCAACCAGAUCGCGUCUGCAAAUUACUCAAACUGUGUUGAAAAUAUGGUUUCUGAACCAACUGCUGGAACCUCACACUCCUGCACCAGUUUUGUAUUCACUUUCUUAUAUAAAUGCUAUUGCAAAAAAAAUAAAAAAUAAUAAUAACGAGCGUGGUAAUUAAAAAAAUGUAUUAAUAAUUAUGUUAUUUGAGAAGUAAAUUCAUUUUGUA